AUGUCCUUUCUAACUCGUUGUAUAGACUUGGCCAAACGGUCGCCCUUCACUUUUCUAGGGGCCGUUCGUACUGCUACAAAGCGCGCUGGCGGCACAGUCCACAAUCAUGGUGGUUCCCCUGGCAAACGCCUAGGUGUCAAAAAAUUCUCUGACCAAUUUGUUCUUCCUGGCAAUAUCAUUGUGAGACAGCGCGGCACAUUGUUCCAUCCUGGCCAACAUGUAAAAAUGGGACGUGAUCACACAAUAUAUGCCACAGUGCCGGGCUUUGUUCGUUUCUACAAGGAAAAGCAUAUGAGAGGGGAGCGCAAAUAUGUUGGCGUUGUGCUCGAACGCGGAGAUAAACUUCCACGCGACGAGGCCACCCGCGGGCGCAGUCGUUUCUGCGGCAUGGUAGAUCGAAACAGCCCCGAGUUCUCGCUUUCUACCAGCUAG